UCUUAUUCAGGAUUAUGUUUUUCUUUUAUUCAUUUAUUAUUAUUAUUGUAAAUUAAUAAUUAAAUUACUCUCUUAUAUCUCACAAUACUCAACUCAUAAACAAAUCUUCUCUUCAAAAUCCAAUUUUCACUCUCUCUAACUAAACCAGUGAUACAAGUAUUCAUUAGAAAUUGAUGGAACCUAAAGAUGGAGAAAGGGAAAUGUUUACACAUUGGAGAAAUGGAUCAUGGCAAUGGGAUGGUUUAGUGUUAGAGGAUAUGGAAGAAAAUGAGCAAUUUAAAUUAAUGUUAUCAUUGCCAGAAAUACCUGAGCCACCGACACCUCUUGAGCCUAUGGAGUUUUUAUCUAGAUCAUGGAGUCUCUCUGCUUCUGAGAUUUCAAAGGCAUUUUCAGAGAAACAAAAACAAACUUUGAUUCAUAAGAGUUCAGAUACAUUGUCAGCGGAAACUAUUUCUGCACCUCAAUUAACUCCAGGAAAGAUCAUACCUUCUGCUCAUUGUAGAAUGGGAACCAUUGGAAAAUGGUUACAUCAAAAGCAACAUGGGAAUGCAAACGUGAAUGUUAAGAAGAAAGAUCGGGUGCGUGUCGAAAAUGCGCGUGUGCAUUCAGCUGUUUCGAUUGCUGCACUUGCCUCCGCGUUGGCUUCUGUGUCUGCUAGUGGUGGAAAUCACUCUAAAUUGGACGUUGCUAUGGCUUCAGCAACACAACUCUUAGCAUCUUACUGUGUUGAAAUGGCAGAGUUAGCAGGUGCUGAUUAUAACCGUGUUGCUUCUACUGUUAAAUCUGCAGUCGAUAUUCAAACACCGGGUGAUCUAAUGACUCUUACUGCUGCUGCUGCAACAGCUUUGAGAGGAGAAGCAACUUUGAGAGCAAGAUUUCCAAAAGAAGCAAAGAAGAAUGCAUCAAUAAGUCCCUAUGAUAGAGGAAUAGCAGAAACACAUUGGCCUCCUGCUUCUGAGGGUCAGAUUUGGGAAAACCAUUCUCCAUGUGUGGGAGAUUUAUUGCAGCUUACAGAAAAAGGUGCAUUGAGAUGGAAACAUGUGUCUGUUUAUAUCAACAAGAAAUAUCAGGUCAAAAUUAAGAUCAAAAGCAAGCACAUUGGAGGAACUUUCUCCAAAAAGCAUAAAUGUGUGGUUUAUGGAGUGUGUAAUGAAGACUCCGCAUGGCCAUAUAGAAAAGAAAGAGAAGCUUCUGAAGAACUCUAUUUUGGCCUCAAAACUGCACAAGGUCUUCUAGAAUUUACGUGUGAGAACAAACUCCACAAGCAAAAAUGGGUUGAUGGGAUAGAAUUUCUACUUGGUCGAGUCAACUCUGCUGAAGCAACAGAAAGAUCUAUGAAUUUGUUAAAUAUUAGUAACAGCACUUGAUUUGUUUGGAUUGUAUAUGCCUCACUAGAGUAUAGGAGAUAUAAAAUUUUGCCAAACAAAGAAACUCAUAAGAAUGUUAUAUUAAACCUACAAAAUGAAGACACACAAAUGAAGCAAUAAUGUUCACUAGAAAA